UAAACCAAUAGAAAGCAGCGCACGGAAGAGGCGAUCGCGUCCGGGAAAGCGAGGCGAGGCGAGGCGAGAUGAACCCUUCUCCUCCUCCUCCACGCGAUCCCGAUCUCCUCGAAGAGGCGUUGGGGCUCGGCCGCGGUGGCUCCCCCCGGUGGCGCCUCGCCUUCGUCGAGGACUGCGUCGAGACGAGCGGCGCCUUCGUCCUCCACCACUUCUUGAAGCGCGCUCUCUCCACCGAAGGCGAUGGGACCGUUGUCUUCCUCGGUCUCGCGCAGCCUUUCUCACAUUACGACCGUGUCCUUCGGAAGAUGGGAUGCAAUCUAUCAGUACAAAGGAACAAGAAUAAACUUCAUUUUAUUGACUUGCUUAAUUUAGAGUUUCUAGGUGAGCGGAGGCUUUCAAAUGAAAAGGGUGAAAAUGACAUAGAAAUUGGAUUUAUGGAUUUGUAUAAUAGAAUUUUAAGGUCUAUAGAAGCUAUUAGGUCAAAGGAUUACAAUGGAGGCUGGACGACUAUUAUAAUUGAUGAUCUCUCUCAUUUGGAAAUAGCUGCUCAUGGCUCUGUCAAACAUGUGUUGGACUUUCUACAGUACUGCAGAAGCCUUACCUCUGAAAUGGACUGCUCUCUAGUGAUUCUGAAUCAUGAAGAUAUUCACUCAAGCGAUGAAGCUCUGCAGAUGCUUUCACAUCUUGACUACAUCUCUGACAUUCUGAUAAAAGCAGAAACUUUAUCUACUGGUAUAGCUGCUGACGUCCAUGGACAGAUGACUGUCAUAAUCAAGGAUGCCCCAGGAGGGUUGAUCAAGAAACUUCAUAGUUUCCAAUUCAAAGUGAAGGAGAAUGGUGUCGAGUUCUUCUAUCCCGGGAGUCGAUUCUAAGCAUGUUUGCAAUAAGUUCCUACUAAAGUAUUUGGACUGCAGCGGUACAUCAAGAAUGGAACAAAUGUAUCCUACAUGAGGGGGGCCCAUGCAAGCUUCACAAUGGCAUCAUCAAUCAAAAGUUUGUCCACUUUUGAGAGGUGUAUUUCUGGUAACCUCAGAUGCAAAGCCUUUUCAGAGGUUGUCUGAAAGUAAUUUCUGAUGUACCGCAAGCAAAAAUAGGCACAUAGCUUAACAGGUUUACCCAAAUCAAUAAUCUAGACACACUAUAAGC